GCUCCUCCUAGUCAAGACACCGCCAUAAAGAUGUGACAAUAUUUAAGAAUAGGUCAUCCCAUGCUCUCUCUUGAGAACAGUGUCGGUGAGAUCGAUUUCAUUACUUUUCAGAGACGCUCACAUGGUUAGAGAGAUGAACUUCGAGGGGGACAGCGGCCUGUCAGUGAUUUGUGGCAAUGGGAAACUUAGACAGUGGCUGAUCGAUCAGAUUGACAGCAGCAUCUAUCCCGGACUGGUUUGGGAGAAUGAAGAGAAAAGCAUUUUCAGGAUUCCGUGGAAACAUGCGGGCAAACAGGAUUACAAUCGUGACGAGGAUGCUGCACUCUUCAAGGCCUGGGCAUUGUUCAAAGGGAAACAUAGGGAAGGAGUGGACAAACCAGACCCCCCCACAUGGAAGACCAGACUGCGAUGUGCUCUGAACAAAAGCAAUGACUUUGAUGAGCUGGUGGAGCGAAGCCAACUGGACAUAUCCGAUCCUUUCAAAGUCUACAGAAUCAUACCGGAGGGAGCUAAGAGAGGGAUCAAGAUGCCAGAGACAACGUCCCACAUGAGCUCAGUCAACAGCUACCCUAUGCACUCUCUAUACCCAUCUCUACAGAGCCAGGUGUCUGGCGGAUUCAUGAUUCCUCAGGAGAGGAAGGAGUGGAGGGAUUAUAGCCACACACUGGACCAGCCUCAGCUUCACCAGCCACCCCACAAUGAGCUGCAGUACAGCCAGUGCCACUACCCACAGCCACUCAGCCGACCCUGGCACACCGGGCCACACACAGAUAACGGUUAUCAGUUUACUGGCUCCUUCUGUUCCUACUCUUCCUCAGAGUCUCACCCCACAGCAUUUAAAAUGGACCACAACAUGUCUACCCUUUCUGACUUCCGACUGCACGUAUCCCUGUUCUACCGUGAGUCUCUGGUCAAGAAGGUAACCACCUCUAGUCCUGAAGGCUGCCGGAUCACCUCUUCUUCCUCCUCAUCUUCCUCUCCGUCCUCCCUCUGCCACGAGGACAGGCUGUACAGUGGUGCAGAGACGGUGCAGUUCCCCUCCCCUUACCCCCAGUCUCAGAGGAGAGGGGCAGAGAAGCUACCCAACGUCCUGGAGAGGGGCGUGCUCCUGUGGAUGACGUUAGAUGGGCUCUAUGCCAAGCGGCUGUGCCAGAGCCGAGUGUACUGGGAAGGCCCGCUGGCACCCUACACGGACAAACCCAAUAAAUUGGAGAAAGAACAGACCUGCAAGCUGUUUGACACCCAGCAGUUCCUCACUGAGCUGCAGGGGUAUGCCCACCAUGGCCGUCCCAUGCCCAGGCACCAGGUGGUGCUGUGUUUUGGAGACGAGUACCCGGACCCCCAGCGCCAGGCCAAGAUGAUCACAGCACAGGUGGAGCCCAUGUUUGCCAGGGGCAUGAUAUACUUCAGCCAGCAGAGCAGCAGUCACUGCCUGAGGGACUAUGAGCUACAGGGACACACAGAGAUCUCCCUUCCGGCUCCAGGAGUCUACCAAAGGACCCUUCAACAGAGCUCCCCUCUAGCUCCCGGAGACUACCAGAGGACCCUGCAACAGAGCUCCCCUCUAGCUCAAGGAGACUUCCAGAGGACCCUGCAACACACAAACAGGCCCCAGGAGCCAUGGACAUGAAUGUAGAUUGACCAAUGAGCUUUACAUCGCUUCUCCUGAAUAGUGUACAGUAUACUGAGUUCUUGGACUAAAAUACCUUACUGUAAUUUCAAUGUAAGACUGGACUGUGCCUCCAUCGUCAGUGUCAGCAGUUUGAGCCAAUGAUCAAUGUUAAAAAUGGGGGCGCUUAAAGAAUCUACCCUAGUUUGUACAGCCUUACAAUUAUUUUUGUAAUCAACCAUUUUCUUUUGUUGUUCUAUUAAAUGAUAUGAAAAAGUGAAUACCUAUCACAAGAGGUGGCGUGUAGGCCUAUCACAUGAGGUGAUGUGUGUUACUCGUAUUCCUGUGACAUCUGUGGGUGCUGAUGGGAAAGCUCCUGACCUGUGAUAGUGGUGUGGGAGGGAGAACCCCACUACUUAGCCUCUCUCGUUCUCCUCUCUCUCAUUUUCUUUCAACGAGAGGGGGAUGCAUGUGUAUUUGUGUGCAUGUGACAUGGUGACAGUGUAUAGGAUGUGGUUUGGGGUAGAGGGUUUAGGGUUUAGGGUGGGUGAUGGGGGACCAAUGUGAAGCAGAGAGGGACUGUCAGAAGCAGGAAGCACAAGUCACAGGUGCACAGGAAGAAGAGUAGCCCUUAUGAGAAAUUAAGACUUGAGAAGGAAGAAGAAGCCAAAUGUAUAUGAAUGAAGAAUACAAAUGGAUCAUUGAUAUAUUGAAGUGUCUCACACAGAGAGAAUUUAUGUGUAGUGUAUUUUCACCCAUUUAUCAAACAAUCUAUGAAAGGGGUUCACUCUGAGCGCUCAGGACCUCAGACUGGGACGAAGGUUCACCUUCCAACAGGACAACAACCCUAAGCACACAGCCAAGACAAUGCAGGAGGGGCUUCGGGACAAGUCUCUGAAUGUCCUUGAGUGGGCCAGCCAGACCCCGGAAUUGAACCCUAUCCAACAUCUCUUUUUUUGCUUGUCAUUAUGGGGUAUUUAUUGUGUGUAGAUUGAUGAGGGGAAAAAACAAUUAUAUUAAUUUUAUACUAAGGCUAUGACGUAACAAAAAGUGGAAAAAGUCAAGGGGUAUGAAUACUUUCUGAAUGCACUGUACAUGUACCAGUAAUAUACAACUCCAAUUCGAGAGAAAUUGUUGUUAUCAGUUGUCUAGUGGUGGAGGGGAGGAAGCUGUUAUAACAAAUUGUUUCCCCUUGGCAGCUGGAUGUGAUGGAGGACACUGGUGUAGCACACACCACAUGGGGCCCACAAGCUUUGCCCCCCAAAACACUUUGAACAUUAUACAUUUCCACGUCAGCUCUAUGCCUGGAAAUGCCCUUGUCCGGAGCAAAGGAUCCCAAUAUUAAACUCUCCAAAAAAGUGUUUAAAAUUCCAAAAACUGUCAAUAUUAACUGAAAAUGAUCUUAUGUAGUGUCUUGCAAUAGCCCUUUCUGACUCUUAAAGAAUAUUUCUCUCAGAACUGUGA